UACUGUUUUCCUAGAAAACGAGCCUACUGCAAGCUCACUCCGCUCGACAUUGAGUAGAAUAAUGGCUUCAAAAGAGGGCGACGACUUUCAAAAUGCGGUACAGAACGAUGGUAUGGCUGAAAAGAAAGACACCACCUUGUCAUCCACUCCCGCAGCCGACGCUCGCUACCGCUUUGACGCGGAUCGAUUGCAGACGCUCCAAUCCGCCGCUCCCUGGAUGAAAGAUCCCAGAUAUUUUCAAAAGGUCACGCUCUCUCCUUCAGCAAUCAUGAAAAUCAUGAUGCAUUGUCAGUCUGGUGUGCAAAAAGGCAUCGCGAAAGGAGGCAAUCCCAUCGAAGUCAUGGGGAUGUUGCUUGGACGUCCCGACCCGGACACUCCACGCACGUUAGUCAUUACGGACGCGUUUCCUUUGCCAAUUGAAGGAUUUGAAACUCGGGUGAUUGCGGACGACGAGAACGUCGUCAACCACAUGAUUGCAUUGGGGGAAUCUUUGGAGCGAACACGCAAAGAGAAAUUCAUGGGCUGGUAUCAUUCGCAUCCGUUUGAUCUUGGCGAUCAUUCGCACUGUUUUUUGUCCCAGACAGAUCUUAGUACACAGUUGCAAUGGCAGCGAGCAGAAGAUCCGCACGGCAACCCGUUCGUCGCCAUCGUGGUAGAUCCUCUGAGAUCGCACAACUUGGAAACGCCCGAACUCAAAGCGUUUCGGGCCUACCCACCAGAGUAUGUUUCACCAGCCUUGAACGAAUGCCCGGAUGGAUCGGUAGAGUCGUCGGAACAAACACGGCUGGAGCAUUGGGGCUCGUGUUGGAACCGGUACUACGAGCUAUCUGUCGAGUAUUACAUGUCCUCGACCUCACGCAACGUUUUACAACAGCUGACGCAAGAUUAUUUGUGGAUCCGCACACUAUCUCGGAAAUCAGAAAGCUCAGUCACACAGAGACUGUGCGGCUGCGUGAAGCCUUUCCAAAGUGCAUCUUUAACUGCGGCGUCCGUUGUGUCCGGAGGACGGGGAACCGGCUUAGGUCCUGGAGGUUCGACAUCCGCUUCCGUUUCGUCGGGGAUUGAUGCGCAGACGAAAGAAUGGCAGAAGGCCGUUUCAAACUUGGCUGAUAUUGCGUCGGAAGAUAUGGGUGAGCAAGCUUUGCAGUCCACCAAAGAGCAAGUCUUUGCUUAA